AUGUUUUGGGCUUCUUCUUCUUUAUCAUAUUUCCUCCUCAAAGAUGACAUCUUUUUCUCCCAGCCGCCCACACACGACCUUAUCCAAUCCUCUCUAGCUCUUCACCAAUCACUUGCAUUUGCUGCACCUUCUCCUUUAAACAUCAAGCAAAAAACACCAUCUCCCAACCUAUCUCCUGUCACAUCCCCCUCAGGUCUCUUGUAUGACCACGAGCCCCUCUUUGAUGGUCUUGAAGACCUUGACCUCUCUCAGCCAAACGAUAGUACCGUCACCAACAACACUAAUCUUAUUGCUGAUAAUGAUAACACUACAACGGCUGUUAUUAUGAUUAAUAAUAAUAAUAUUAGUGAGUCUCCAAUGUCCACUCACCAAUCUCCCCAAGACUAUUUCUCUGUACUACCAUAUCCCAGUAGCCGUACCACUAUUAUAGAUGAUUCACUCAGCGAUCAAUCACCACAGCUAGAAUGGUCUGCCCUUUUAGAUCACUUUAAUGACGACAACGAAAAUGAUGAAAACAACGACGACAACACCACUACCACCACUACCAAAAUCACCAAAAAAGGCAGCAGAAGAAAUAAAAUUAAUAAUUACGAGAGUAGUGAAAGCGAUAUUAUUCUUGAUUAUGAUUAUCAUUAUGACUCAGAUAUCGAUACAGAUACCAAUAGUAUCAACAGCAGCACGAGAACCAGUAACAGCAACAGCAACAAUAGCAGCCGGAGCAGCAGUAUUAUUAGUCGUCGAAACUCCAGCUUAAUAAUACCUCGACAUGGUCUGAAACGAAAACGAUUAUCCAUCGACAGUGACACGAGUCUUGAACCAGAAAAGCCUUUCAAAAGAUUGUUAAACACUACUACCGCCGUCACAUCUUCCUCCUCACCAUCACAGUCACCCUCCUUCUCUUCUUCUACGCCACGUCCGACCGUAUUCGAGAGUUUGACUGACACAGGAGUCGAUUGGUGUCGAUACUGCGGAACUACUGAAAGUGUCAAUUGGAGACCAGGUCCAUGGGGAAAACGAACAUUGUGCAAUAAACAUGGUUGUGACUACAAAGGCUAUGGCCUGGUCAGUCGUCUACCUCGACUUGAUCUCUCGGCUUUUGUAAACGAACCGAUCCAAGACCGAAUAUGUCCUGUUAUCCAAGAGUUUUGUGCCAUCUGCAGAUCUCCAGGCUUCACAUCAGACAACCUGCUUGUGAAAUGUCAAGGAGGUUGUUCACGAGCAUAUCAUCAAUUAUGUCGGUCGCCCAUAAUCGGAUCUCAUUUAUUCCAGGAUACCCGGUGGUAUUGUAGUUCAGCCUGUAGAGUCAAUCGUCUAAAGAAUAGAGUUGUGGUUGAUCUACCUCGAAAUCAUCUUCCUCUAAUGAUCCGGAAUCAAAAGCGGCAUUAA